CACUUUCCCCUACUUCUUCUUUAUUCCUCCCUUUCCCAUGCAUUUAAACACCAACUAACUAUACCCAACUUCACAUUUCUUCAUACCUCAAUUUACUCCCUUUCAUCUUUCUCUCUCUACCCUCAACCAAAAUAAAUAAUUUUUUUUUUAAAAACAAAAAAAAAACCCAGAAACAAUCAGACAUUCAUUUGACUGCUGUUCUUCAAAUCAAUGCUGUCCCCUUAAAUCCUUACAUUUGUUAGAUUAUAACAUAAAAUACAAUAUGAAGUACAUUCGAUCUGCAAGUUUGAAGCGUUUAUUCUCAAUACGACGUCGUUCUACAGCUUCUUCUUCUGAAGAAACCCAGUUUUCUAAUCAUGAUUUUCUUAUGAAACCCACUUGGAAAUGUUUUUCCUUUGAUGAAAUCUUUAUUGCUACUAAUGGCUUCUCCUCAGAUAAUUUGGUGGGAAAAGGAGGGUACUCAGAGGUAUACAAGGGAGAGUUAGAAAAUGGGGAAAUGGUAGCAGUAAAGAAGCUAACAAAAGGAAGCAAUGAGGAAAAGAGAGAAAGAGAAUUCUUGACAGAAUUAGGGACAAUUGGACAUGCUUGUCAUCCUAAUGUUUCUUCUCUACUUGGAUGUUGCAUUGAUAAUGGUCUUUAUCUUCUCUUCCCCUUUUCUCCUAGGGGCUCUGUUUCCUCUGUUCUUCAUGAUCAUAGUAUUCCUCCAAUGGAAUGGGAAGUGAGGCACAAGAUAGCAAUAGGUACAGCAAAAGGAUUGCAUUACCUGCACAAAGUUUGUCCAAGAAGGAUAAUUCAUAGAGACAUCAAGGCCACCAAUAUUUUAUUAACUCAGGAUUUUGAGCCACAGAUUUCUGAUUUUGGCCUUGCAAAAUGGUUGCCAACCCAGUGGAGUCAUCAUUCAAUUGCUCCCAUUGAAGGAACUGUUGGAUAUUUGGCUCCAGAAUAUUUCUCCCAUGGGAUUGUUGAUGAGAAAACGGAUGUAUUCGCAUUUGGAGUGUUUAUAUUAGAGCUUAUCUCUGGUAGAAAACCAGUUGAUGCAUCUCAUCAAAGUUUACGUAAUUGGGCAAAACCUUUCAUAAAGAAAGGAGAGUUUGAAAAAUUGGUUGACCCAAGACUAAAAGAAGACUAUGAUGACAUACAAAUUAAACGACUAGCUUUUGCUGCCUCCCUUUGCAUUCGUUCAUCUACUACUUGGCGUCCCACCAUGACUGAGGUGUUGGAGAUAAUGAUUGGAGAGGAAGUAAUAGAUAAAGAAAGGUGGGAAAUGCCAGAAAAAGAAGCACAAGAACAAGAGUUUUGGGAUUUUGAAGAUCUUGAUUUUGAGUGUGAUACUUCAUCUUCUACAUCUAUACAUGAUUCAAUCUUUACCAUAAGUUCUUAAUUUAUGUGAGAAAUUACAAAUUUCCAAUUUGGCAUUACUUAUUGUUAAAAAAAAUGAAAAAAUAACGUCUUUUUAAAUUUGCUACAUUGUUGUUUUUAUGUGAUAAUUUUUUAAUCACAAUGUAGCAUAUUUUGAAGGAUCGAAGUGUAUGUAGUAAAUUAUUAUUAGAUCACCUUAAAUUAUAUAGAUCUAGGUUGUUAGACUAAUUAUAAGAAGUUUUCUAUGUGUUAAGCUUCCUUGUAUGAAUUUUUGCUUCUAUAAUGUAGGGAUUUUCAAAAAAAAUAUAAAUAAUAUUUUCAA